CAAAGCUGAAAGUUCCCUUGGAAACUGCAAAGAUGCUCAGACCUUCAACAAAGAGACAUCUUUUGAACUGGAGUUAAAAAUAAAAUCUGAGUAAAAACAGAAGACUCUUGGAUUGGCAGGUAAUCCUUUAAUUUAGUGGAGGACUCAAUCCAUGCGAACAUGAAUAGAGCCAUGUGAUGCACUUCCACCCCAUGAGAUGUUUCACAGGAUUCAUUAAAAACGCAGAUUCAAUGGCAUGGAACCCCACACUGAAACAAAGACUCCAAGUCACAAACCAGAGAGGUUUCCCACCUCUUGAAACUAUUCCAGUAAAUCAACAUGGAUCAUCUUCUCCAAACACUGGUCUCAAUAGCAACACCAUGCUUCAGGGCAGGUCUCUUAAAGAUUCAAGACAACGCUCAGAAAAAACCUCCAGGAAAUCAUUCACGGCUAGAAAAGCUUUUCUCAUAGCAUGCGGGGUGCGAUGUGUUCUGUCACCACGACCCACCAACUGCUCCACAUCAUCAUCACCCAAUAAAGAUGAGAAAGAGAGACCUCGUUCCUCUCCCGCAAGAGGUGAAAGAGUCGAGAGAGAGAUGGAGGGAUGGUCUGCAUAUUCUGGGAUCAAGAGAACAGAUAAAAGAGAGCGAGCGAGGAGCAGUAUACAGAGAGAGAGAGCACCGGUGGAUUUAACACACAGGCCUUCAACUGUUCCACUGGAGAAACAGAUGAGACGUCGAGCAAUAAGCAUACCAGAUAUUCCCACAUGCAAGAUCCUCUGGAGAAGAAAAGAUGAUCAAAGUUUCCUCCAAGAUGAUCCUCAACACUCUGCUGAAGACAAGAGUCUCGACCUGACUCCAUCUCUACAUCUCUACCUGCCCUCAUCAUACCACCCUGAACCGCUGCUGGGAGAACAAAACAACGGUUUGGAUGUGCACGACAGGCAAGCCGUCACACUCACAGGGGAAGUCAAAGAGCAUAACAUCGCCACAGAUAGGCCUAUCCAAAACCAAGACAUCACUGUCAACAGUAUAAAUGAAGAAUGGCAAAAUGAUUUUACGGAUGGCUUACAAUAUGAUGUCACAGAUACCAGGCGGCAUAACAAUCCAGUUGGCAAUCCACAGCCUGGCAUGACUGACACACAGCAUGAAUCUCCAAAGGAAAACUUUGAGAAUGACAUCAUAGAGGGAAAAUCGGAGGGAAUCACAGAUGACAACAGAAAACAUGAAGUCGCAGAUAACAGCAUUGCGCAAGUAAAUCAAUGUGAUAUCACUGACGUUGGUGAAUCUUACACUGAAGAUGGGCAACAAAAAAGUAGUAACACAUAUAAGAGAACCAGAUCGAAUAUUCAUAACCGGACUGCAUAUUUAAGAGUGAACACCUCUAAUAGUAAGCUCACAGACAAAACACGUUAUCCGGCCCCAGCUACGGCUCUUACGUUCUCAUAUUCCCUGAUGGACAGAAAUCCCUGUCCCACUGUAAGCGUCUUGCCAUCGUUUUACGGAAUUUCGUUUGGCUUUGGUAUCAAAACGUUCAACACUUCUGAGCCCCGCAGUUCCAAAACAAGAACCAGAAAAGUCUAUAAUGACAUCAGAUUUAUGCGGCCCAUGGAUGACGUGCAAAACAUCAUAGAAACAAAAGGAAAUUCCUUCUCUUUACAAACAAAGGCUGGAGGCGUAAUCAGCCCCCGCCCCAAAAUAAUGAGCACUGAGAGGAGGACCCCGCCUCAUAAAAUUAAAACCACCAAAACAUUUUUGUGGGGACCAGACGGACCCCAAGAAACUAAGACGGUGUGCGAGCUACAGUCUCACUUGAACAGGUGGAGGAGCUCAGUUUAAUGUAAGAGGGCAGACAUGUGUGUGGCGUUUCAUGCCUUUAUAAUACUGCAUGAGACUGUUUGGGUUCAAAAAAUGCAAAUAUCUUAUGGUUUUCAGAAGGACUUAAUUGAGAACACCAACCUCAAGGUCUAGCAUAGAAGAACUAUGAAUUAUUUGGGGUUUUUGAAACGCUCUGGCUUUUCUCAGUUCGUGUUGACGUGAAUUAUUAUGAUUCACUGAAAAUCCCUGCAGGUUCUCUGUGAUUUCGGUCCGUGAUUCGAUAUAAAACCAGUAGAUCAUCUAAAAUGUAACUCUUUUAUUCAGAAAGCAUGAGUCUGGUGCGUGUAUUUCGACACUGGGGAAUCAUAUUUCAUAACGCUGUAGACAGUUAAAGAGAAAAUAACAGCCAUUGGCUUUGGAAAGUAAAUGCAUUCAUAUCUUAAGAAUCAGACGUUUUGUAAAAAUAUUGAUAUGUUAGUAAUGUUAACUUUAUUAAAGCUCAAGUAUGAGGAAGUAGAAAUUACAUUGUACAAUUUUAAAUGUUGAGUACUGUGCAAAAGUCUAAGGCCACCAUGCCACAAUUAGAUUUGUUGUUUUUGCAAUAGUAUGACUCCCUUUCUACUUUCCCUUUCAUUUUAACCUAAAUGAAAUUAAAUCCUAAUUUCUAAUCAAAUGGCUUCAGGACUUCAGUCUCCUCAAAAAAGCUCAAGAUGUGUUUAGUGCCAAGA